UCCUCACGCUCGCCCCUGACAGCGUGCUGUGUGCGGCGAGGCAGCAGAAGCGUGAGGCUCUGGAACGAGGUGGUGGUGGUGAUGCUGUCUGUCCGCUGAAGUGCUCUGUAACUCCCCUUAUAAAGUCAGGAGCGGGACGGCAGUGCUGGCGGAGGGAGAUCUGUAAACGGAGCUAUAAAUGCAAAUUUCACAUUUGUAAUGCAAAUGGUAGAAAUACUACGACUCAACAAGUACAGUGAAGGAAAUAAGUAUUUGAUCCCUUGCUGAUUUUGAAAUGCGACGUUAUUUAAGGAAGAAUGCUGUUUUGGCAGUGCUCCUACUAGCUGGGGGAUUGUACUUCAUGAGCCAGUCAAGUUUUCUCAUAGCUGGCCCCACAAGGUCAAGUGAACACAAUCCAAAUGAAUUAUCUUGGCAGACAGAGAGGUUUGUCAGAAAGGAGUCCUGGGUUGAUCAGGGAGAUUACCUGCCUCUCAAUGCGUCCUAUAAGAUGCUCGCUGGAGCACCAUCUAUUCAACAGAGGUAUUUAUCUGUUGGGAUGUCAUCGAUAAAUAGGAAGAAGGGCAGCUAUCUAAUUCCCACCCUGCAGUCCCUCUUCCAACAGUCGUCUUCUGAAGAGCGCUCAGCCAUGGUGGUGGUAGUGCUGCUAGCAGAUUUUGAUGCCAGCUGGAGAAUUGCCACAGUGAGGGAGAUCAAAACUGCAUUUGCCUCAGAGCUGGAGCAAGGCCAGCUGGUGGUCAUCCAUGUUCCUGAGGACUGGUACCCUCCUCUUACAGGUUUAAAGAGGAACUACAAUGAUUCUCCGCGGAGGGUAUCGUUCCGCUCCAAGCAGAACUUGGAUUACUCCUUCCUCAUCCACUACAGUGCCAGUCUUGCCCAGUACUACAUCCAGCUGGAGGAUGACGUCUUAUCUGCCAAAAACUUCCUCACCGCCAUCAGGAGGCAUGUUGGGGAGCAAGAGGCAAAGAAGACCACUUGGGCAAUGCUGGAAUUCUCAGCCCUCGGCUACAUCGGGAAACUCUACAAAUCCACCCAUCUUCCUCUCUUGGCCCGCUUCCUCUUCCUCUUCUACCAGGAAAUGCCCUGCGACUGGUUGAUGUCUCACUUUCGAGAGCUGCUGGCUCAGAAGGAGACGAUCCUCUUUAAACCAUCGCUGUUCCAGCACAUGGGCACUUUCUCCUCGUUUGAAGGGACAUACAACAAGCUUAAGGACAAGGACUUUGAGGAAGGGUUUUACGCCAAUCCUGCAGCUGAAGUUUACUCUGAUAUGUCCUCCUACAAGAAACAUAUCCCCAAACAUGCCUGGGAAGCAGGGGAGGAAUUCUUCUGGGGGCGUGCCCCAGAAAAUGGAAAUUACCUGACUGUGGUGUUAACAAUUCCUGCAGUGGUGACAGAGAUAUUUGUAGAAACUGGGUCAGAGGGUAAAGACAUCCUGGAGUCAGCUCAGGUGGAGUUGGGCCAUGAUGUUACCAUCGAGAACUCUGAGAAGAGUUGUAAAGAGUUCCAGUCAGUCGGGACGGUAGUGAGUGGGAGGUUUGAGAUGCAUGAGGUAAACAAAAAGUAUAACUCUGCUUCAUCCUGUCUGAGGAUACAAGUCACAGGAGGACAGAGGGACUGGGUGAUCAUCAAGAAAAUCCGGAUCACAACAGAGCUGAGUACACCUCCACAACAAGCAGAGGUGUGACUCUCUAUUCCUGUCAGACUCCUUUAUUUAUUUAUUUAUAAAAAUUUUUUUGUGAAUGUCGUGUCUUGUUGAACAGUUCAAUUGGUGAAACAACAAUUUAAUGCUAAAUGAAACCUUGUAAAGCUACUGUCAAUAUGAAGAAAAUGUUUGACCAAACUCUGUGGUGUGUCUCUUCAACAUUAUGAAGAGCAUUACUAAAAGAGCAUAUCCAUAAUAAGAAAGCUUCUCAAUGUGUAAAGAUAUUUUUAUGCUUUUAAGUAAAAACUUUAUAUCUCCGACUGCCUUAAAGACAAGCACACUUCAGAGGUGUCUAUUGUGUAAUGUCUAUUGUUUUUCAAUUUUGAGUUGUGUAGGAGGGGGUAACUGAAAUUCAUGUGUUUGUAUGAGUUAUGGGGAGAGGCAAAAUGUGUGUUUGUGUGUGUGCGGUGGUUCAUUAAAGUACCGGUUUGGUCGGAAAACACAUGCCUUAAACCCUUGACACACACACUGUGCCACUAGUAGACUGUAACUUCCGUAUAUUACAGCACUGUAUCAUGUUUCAAUACACUGUGCUGUACAUAAUACUUUUUAACUUGGGCGUGGUAUUAUAACAUACAAAAACAUGCAGUGGAAACCCUGCUCCCAGUAGUCUUUUUAAAAUCAAGACAAUACAGCAAGGCACUAUUAUUCACGACCUCUUGUAAUUGCAGUGAUGUGUAGUGGAUUACAAAUGGAACUACUUGUAACCUUGCUGCAAAUAUUUUUUCUGUUGAUUUACAUUAAAUAAGACUCGUAUAA